AUGACGUACGUUUCAAUAUUCAUCCAUGUAAUAGCAUUGCUAUUAUGUCCUACAACCCUUGCCAAAAACCAUACCGAUCACCUUGCACUUCUAGCCAUCAAAUCGACCAUAACUGACCCACAAAAUGUUCUCGAGUCAUGGAAUACAUCCCUCCAUUUUUGCCAAUGGCAAGGAGUUACAUGUGGUCGUCGGCAUCCUAGAGUCACCGAAUUGAACCUUGGGUCUAGAGGCAUAGUUGGUUCCUUUUCCCCUCAUAUUGGAAAUUUGAGUUUUCUAAGAGUAAAUAUUCUUGAGAACAACACCUUUAAAGGUGCAAUCCCACCUCAAUUAGGCAACUUAUUCAGGUUACAGAAGCUGAUUCUCAACGACAAUUAUUUUGAAGGUGAAGUUCCAGCCGCUUUAUCAAACUGCACUAGACUUGAUGAACUUAGGUUGUCUCGCAAUAAACUAGUUGGAAAGCUCCCACAACAGUUUAGUUCUCUGGUAAACCUCAGGUUCAUAGCCUUUAGGGACAAUGAUUUCACAGGAGGGAUACCAUCUUUCUUAGCGAAUCUCACUUCUCUUGAAUUCAUCUACGGUGUUGGAAAUCCUCUAGGUGGAAGCAUUCCACGAGAUUUAGAUAAGUUAUACAAGUUGCAAGUAAUAACUUUUUCCGUUACCCAACUCCAUGGUAUGAUCCCUCCAUCCUUAUACAAUUUAACAUCAUUAAGAGUUAUAAGUUUCACAAACAAUGAAAUCAUUGGAGAUCUACCAAAAGAUAUAGGGUUGCAGCUACCUAAUCUUGAGUUUUUCCAAAUAACAGCAAAUAAUUUUACAGGAAUUAUUCCCUUCUCAUUUUCUAACUGUUCUAACUUGGUAGAACUUGGCUUGGGUCUAAACGGUUUCACUGAGAUAAUUAACAUAAAUUUCAAUCAGAUGCCUAAUCUUUCGUAUGUUGGUCUAUUUCGAAACCAUUUAGGAAAGUCUCAACCAGAUGAGAUGAAAUUCAUUGAUACCAUGAUCAAUUGUAGCAAUCUUGAAGUUUUGCUUGCUCAUAAUAACAAAUUAGGAGGAGUUCUUCCUAGUUCUGUAGGCAAUCUCUCAUCUCAACUUACAAUUCUAUCCAUUUCUGCAAACUCAUUGUACGGGGCCUUUCCAUCUGGCAUAGGGAAUCUUGUGAAGUUAGAGCAUUUAAGGAUGGAAUAUAAUCAGUUCACAGGCAUACUUCCUAGUGAGCUUGCCAAUCUGCGAAACCUGCGACGUUUUACCAUAGAAUACAACAGCUUCACCGGGAACAUUCCAAAUUUUAUAGGAAACCUGUCAUUGUUAGAUGCAUUGCUUCUGCAAGAUCUUUCUGAUAAUCACUUAGGUGGACCAGUUCCCCAGAACAUAGGAAAUCUCAAAAGCUUGACAACACUUGAUUUGUCGCAUAACAAUCUGAUUGGCACAAUCCCAAACACCAUUGCGAGUUGCACAAGCCUUGAGGUCCUAGAUAUGAAAGAAAAUUAUUUUCAAGGUCCGAUACCUCAGGCUAUGAGUGCUUUAAGAGGUAUCAGAAACCUUGAUCUUUCUAGUAACAACCUUUCUGGAAUGAUUCCAAGCUUCUUCGGGCAGUUAAACCUGUCUACAUUGAAUUUGGCGUUCAACAAUCUUGAGGGCGAGGUACCUAUGACAGGCAUUUUUAAGAAUGCAAGCACUUUUGCGAUUGAUGGGAACAACAAGCUAUGCGGAGGCGUUCCUGAGCUUGGCCUACCUAAGUGUGCCGUGUCAGCAAAAGGUUCGCAUAUGCCACAUGUUAUUCUAGUUGUCAUCCCAGUUUGCUUGUUUCUCGUUAUAGCAUUAGUGUUGGUUUCAUUGUUUUGUUGGAAAAUCAGAAAGACACAACCACUGCCAACAGAAGCUUCAUUCAUCCAACCAUUUUCAAGAAUAUCUUAUGGAAGCAUACUCAAAGCCACAGACGAGUUCUCCCGACAGAAUCUAAUCGGGUCGGGUACUUUUAGUGAAGUUUAUAAAGGUAUCUUUGAACCAGAUGGUGAAGUGUUUGCAAUCAAGGUUCUAAAGCUUGGAAAUCAAGGAGCUUUGAAAAGUUUUGUUGCUGAGUGUGAAACUUUGAAAAACGUAAGGCACCGUAAUCUUGUAAAAAUCAUUACAUCUUGUUCAUCUCUUGAUUUUCAAGGUAAUGAUUUCAAAGCUCUUAUUUACGAGUUCAUGCCAAAUGGGAGUCUUGAAAGGUGGCUACAUCCAAGUUCUCAACAAAAAACUGAGAACGAAGAAGCUCCACGAAGAUUAACUAUUCGUCAAAGAGUAACAAUUGCAACAGAUGUGGCUCAUGCCCUUCACUACCUCCACCAAAACUGUGACUUUACUAUAAUUCACUGUGAUCUGAAGCCAAGCAACAUUUUACUGGAUAGUGAAAUGGUGGCUCACAUUGGUGAUUUCGGGCUAGCAAAGUUUCUUCCAUUAAAGCCUCAUCAAAGCAGUUCAAUUGGAAUAAGAGGCACAGUUGGGUAUGCAGCUCCAGAGUAUGGUGUUGGAAAUGAGAUGACAAAAGAAGGGGACGUCUACAGUUUUGGGAUUUUGUUGUUGGAGAUGAUGACAGGAAGGAGACCAACCGAUCCAGUUUUCCAAGAAGGAUUGAAUCUCCAUGAAUAUGUGAAGAUGGCGUUGCCUGAGCGUCUCAUGGAUAUCAUUGAACCGCAGGCGCUAUUUUCUACAAACAAGGAACAUAAGCAAGCUCCAAACAUGAACCAUGGUUACAGUAUGGAUGAACUACCAAAGUUAAAGAGAUUGGAAGAGAGCAUGAUUUCACUGGCUAGAAUUGGGUUGGCGUGUUCCAUGGAGUCUCCCACCGAUAGGAUGGAUACGAACAAGCUGGUGCAUGAGUUGCGUCACAUUAACGAAAUCUUUCAAAGUUUUUAAGACAUCAAGGGGUGGUGGCGAAGUUGGCUAAAGCGUACAUCUCAUAACUACUUGUAUGUUAUACCAAGGUCGAGAGUUCAAGCCUCUCUCGCCCCAUUGAUUUUCUUUGGUACCUUCGACUCAUCAUAUCUAGUUGAUUUUUGUUGUGUUGCCAAUUAAUUAGGUCACUUCAGUCGUAAACUGCAUGGCAAUGCCCGGGAGUGUCUGCCUUAUGUCCUGUUUAUUGUAACAUAAAUUGGUCAAUUUCAGUAUUACGUAUUAAAACUAAAUAAAGGAUUGUAUUACUAAUAUUAGAAA